AUGUUUACUGCUUGGCUGGUUGCAAAUGGGAAAUACGAAGAAGCCCGAUCACUGACGUACGGCCAAUUUGUAUCAAAAUUUGUUUAUGAUAGGAGAAAAAGAAUAUGGAAGCCUCGCAAAAAGGGGUUCACCAUCGGUCGUUUGAUAUGGGUUCCACCAACCACUGGAGAACUGUUUUACCUGCGGAUGAUGUUAACGAUAGUCAAGGGACCGACGACUUAUGAGGAAAUUCGGAAAAUUGGUGACAACCAAUAUGAUACAUUUAGGGAUGUAUGCUUUGCAAUGGGCUUUCUUGAAGACGAUAGAGAAUACAUUGGAGCUAUCAAAGAGGCGAGUGAAUGGGGUUUAGGUCAUUUUCUUCGCAAACUUUUCGUCAUUAUGCUUUUGUCAGGUGCUGUUAAUCGCCCUGCUCAUGUUUGGAAAGAAUCAUGGGUGCUAUUAGCGGAUAAUGUGUUGCAUGCCCAAAGACAACUGGCUCAAAAUCCAGAGUUGCUAUUGACGGAAAUCGAAUUACAGAAUUUGACGUUAAUAGAAAUUGAAAAACUCCUUCAGGCAAACCGAAGGAGUCUUACAGAUUUUAAGCCAAUUCCAUAUCCGGAUGGUACCUUACUUUUUUACCUUUCCAUUGUCACUGUUACGUCUUAUUUCGUGGCCUCCUUAUCAUCAAUAAUCACAGAUGUUUAUGUUAUCAACUCUUUAUUAGAUGAACAGAGGGGUAUCUAUGAAAGAAUUAUGGAGUCUGUCCAGGCGCAAAAGGGUGGCAUGUUCUUCUUACAUGGUUACGGCGGCACUGGUAAAACCUACAUGUGGAGGACACUUGCAAGCAAAUUGAGGUCCAAACAUGAUAUCUGUUUAACCGUUGCAACCAGUGGAAUAGCUUCUCUUUUAUUGCCUGGAGGUAGAACCGCUCAUUCUAAGUUCAAGAUACCUGUGCCAACAUUGGAUGAUUCUACUUGCAACGUAGAAUAUAACGAUGAUGUUGGAGAGCUUCUUAGGCAAACAAAACUUAUUAUAUGGGAUGAAGCACCCAUGGCACACAAGCAUGCUUUAGAAGCACUUGACAGAGCUUUGAAGGAUGUGUUUGGUGGCAAGGUGGUUGUAUUUGGCGGUGAUUUUAGACAGAUUUUGCCUGUUGUUCCAAGAGGGAGUCGUUCUGACAUCGUACACUCUACGAUAAAUGCUUCUUAUAUAUGGCAUUCAGUUCAGGUCUUAACGUUAACACAGAACAUGCGGCUGCAUUCUGGGCCAACUGAACAAGAUAGAAGAGAGAUUGCAGACUUUUCUAAUUGGCUUCUGAGAAUUGGUGAAGGCAAAGUUUCAGAACCAAACUACGGUGUUGCUGAAAUUGAAAUACCCCCUGAACUUAUAAUAACGAACUUUGACGAUCCUAUUGUUGGCAUUGUCAGUAGUACAUACCCUGAUUUCAUUCAUAAUUACAAAUCUAACGAUUACCUCAAAAGUCGAGCAAUACUCGCUUCCACGUUAGAAGUUGUUGAUGAGAUAAACGAUCACCUUCUUGCCUUGAUGCCAAGAGAGAUGCGCGAUUACUAUAGUUGUAAUUCAGUUGAUAAAUCUGAAAUUCAUUAUCCGACCGUAGUUGACAUCUUUGCGCCUGAGUUUCUUAGUUCUCUACGAACAUCUGGUUUGCCUAACCAUCACAUAAAGUUAAAGGAUGGAACACCUGUUAUGCUAAUGCGAAACAUUGAUCAGUCAGAAGGUUUGUGUAACGGCACAAGGCUAAUUAUAACAAAGAUGGCAACUCAUGUCGUUGAAGCUAAAAUAAUGGCUGGAAAGGGUUUUGGAAAUUUAGUUUACAUUCCUCGGAUGAAUAUGUCACCCUCACAAUCCCCUUGGCCAUUCAAACUAAAUAGACGACAAUUUCCAAUAAUAGUCUCAUAUGCAAUGACUAUUAACAAAUCCCAGGGCCAGUCUUUGGAUACGGUAGGACUUUACUUGCCAAGAGAUGUAUUCACCCAUGGUCAAAUAUAUGUCGCACUAUCAAGGGUCACAACCAAACAAGGAAUCAAAAUAUUGGUACAUGAUGAUAAGGGCAAGUUCAAAGGAACCACUACAAACGUCGUUUACAAAGAGGAUGAUAAUUGUUCUGAAACAGGGUGCAUUUUCAUCCGUCUUAGAAGAGUUGUUGCUCCCGUUAUCCUACAACUUUACUGCCCCAGUAUGAAAUAUGUUGGCUGUGUGAAUGUGAAAGAAUAUGCGAGUCGGUUUUAUUUUUUAGGAGUUGCCAAGUUUGAUCCACCAACUGGAAAGCAAUUCAAAGCCAAGGCUGCUACGCAGUCUUACACAACAUACUUUGCAGAGGCUUUAAUCGCAGAAGCUAAAGCUGACAAAGACAUUAUCGCAAUCCAUACUGCGAUGGGAGGUGGAACUGGCAUGAAUCUCUUCCAUCGCUGA